AUGGAAUUAAGCCCCAACGCUGGACCAGUGGACCGGCUCAUUCCAGAAUACACAAUCCCGUCUACUGUGACGUCGCUGGUUCUGGUCGGCUUCCCAAACAUCCCAGCGGACAGGAUACCCGCCUCGGUCGUCUACUUGGAUCUGGGGAGCAAUCUAGAAAGGAUCAUCGAGCGGGACACGCUGCCCCCAUCCAUUAAGCAGCUGCGGCUUGGGUCGAACCAAGUUACAAUCCUGGCUCGUGACUCUCUGCCAUCAUCGAUAACUGCACUUGAGUUCAGCGGGUUCAAGAUCAAGUCCGACAACUGUUCUUGCGAAUUUGGCCUCAGGAUCGGCAUGUUCCAGCGACUCUUUCACUUGGUGCUCGGCCUCAUCAAGCUGGUUAAGUUUGUCAUUGUCUUCUACGACCUGGACAUCCAUAUCAGGCCACUGUCGCCCCAACACAGCCUUGUUCUUGUCUCUGGCAUGCACGGCGGCUUUGUCCACAAUUCCAUGCUACUGGAGAAUCAGGCGUUGAUCGCGAGACUGAUCUCUGCAAUUCCCUUCACCUUAAAAAGAUAG